ACGGACCAACAAAAUUUCAGAGUUAAGCCAUAUAAUGAUCAGAGCACAAGGUUUUUAUUUUUGCUUAUCUUGGAUACUUUACAACUUGAGUAAUAUUCAUGUGAGUUUUUUUCAAUUUCUAAGAAACUGUUUAGUAAAACUAAGUUUUGCGCAUGUCAAGGGUUCCUACAAGUUUAAUUCACUAAAGUGCGACGUUCUUGCUCCAGAGAUGGGUUAUGUAAAGCAGUGCCUGAUCAAGGCAAUCGAUCGGAAGCACAAUAUGAUCAACAUUGAAGCGAUUCUGAAUAAGACCAUAACAGAGUUUGAGAUCCAUUUUAAGAUGGUUAAACGCGAAAUCGGCGGUUGGCAUCCAUUUUUGUACGAUAUGAGAAUUGAUAUUUGCCAAUUCUUUAAAAACCAAAGGAAGUUUUUUAUUCCAAAUUUUAUAUACUCAUUUAUAAAGCCAUUUACAAAUGUGAAUCACACCUGUCCAUACUUGGUUGGGACAGAGAUGCGUCUUUGGCAUUGGAGUCCGGACGAAGAUGGAGUAAUAGCCAAAUUUCCAGUAGACCAUGGUCAGUACGGGCUACAAACAACAUGGUACAUCAACAAAGUCACCACAUUGAAAAUAAAUGGGUCUGUUUUAUUUUUCAAAUAAUAUU